GAGGGCUUUCCUUUUACCCGUUCUCUCCACUCCCGAUGAUCAAAUUUCAGUUCAAUUUCCCAACUCUACGUGGGCUCUCGAGUCCAUUGCAGGGACACAUUCAUCUUCGUCUUGCGCAGAGCUGAGGUCCCCAAGAACGCUCCAACAGACUGCGAUUCGAAUCAAAGAAUAGCCAAAUCAGCGUCCAUGGCUUUCCAUAUUCUUCACCUCCUCCUGUUUUUAACUUCUGCUCGUCUCUGUUUAUCAGAUGAACACUCAAUGGAAUCGGUUCCUGAUCUUCAAAAUUCAAUGUACCUUGUAGUUGAUGGUUAUCCGUGUAUUCGAUUACUCAAUCUCUCUGGAGAAAUCGGUUGUUCAAAUCCUGGGCGAGAAAAGGUUGUAGUACCAAUGAUUAACUUCAAAGAUGCUGAUGAGAUAUUUCAACCGUCUGCAAUUUUAGUUUCAAUGGAUGACAUCUCGAGUUUCUUUGCUAGAUUACAGGAUGAUUCCAAUUUUGCAAGUAAUGUUGGUGGUGUUUUAAUCAAACCGGGGACUGAAAUACAGAAAAGAACGAAAGGGUUUUCUCCUGCUCAAAAGUUUCCACAAGCUAAAUUUGCUCCUUACCAAAAAAUUGACUAUGAAUGGAACCCAAUUGGAUCUGGAGUUAUGUGGAAUCAAUAUAACUUUCCUGUUUUCUUAAUAUCUGAGAGCAGCAUUUCCCCUGUACAGGAGGCUGCUUCAAAAAAUGUGAAGGACAAGAAAGUUUACACGUCUAAUGUUGCUGAAUUUGAUCUGGUGAUGCAGACAACCAAGGCUGGAACUCAUAAUUCAAUGUCUUGUUUGAAAGAAGAAACAUGCCUUCCGUUAGGUGGAUACAGUGUCUGGUCGUCGCUUCCUCCAAUCAAUAUUUCUUUGGAUAAGUCUAAGCCCAUCAUUCUCACAGUAGCUUCAAUGGACUCUGCGUCUUUCUUCCGUGAUAAAAGCAUUGGUGCCGACUCCCCCAUCUCUGGCCUGAUUGCAUUGCUGGCUGCGGUUGAUGCACUUUCCCAUGUGGAUGGACUGGAUGAUCUUCAUAAACAGCUUGUUUUUGUUGUCUUCACUGGAGAGUCUUGGGGCUACCUUGGUAGUAGGAGAUUUUUGCUUGAACUUGAUUUACAGUCCGAUUCUGUCAGUGGCCUUAACAAUACAUUGAUCGAUACGGUUUUCGAAAUUGGCUCUGUUGGAAAGAAAUCCAAUGAUGGAUUUGGAAACUUCUUCGCUCACAUGACAGAGGUUUCAUCUUCCAAGAAUGAGACAUGGAACGCCUUGAAGCUUGCUCAAGAGUCGCUUCCAUUUGAGAACAUAAAAGUCUCACCAGCUAGUACUACAAAUCCAGGGAUACCACCAUCUUCGUUGAUGGCAUUUCUAGCAAAGAACUCGCAGGUCUCUGGGGUGGUAUUAGAAGACUUUGAUACUAGCUUUACCAAUCAAUUUUACCAGAGUCACCUGGACGAUUUACAUAAUAUAAACUCAUCAGCUAUUGAAGCAGCUGCUUUACUUGUUGCCCGAACUCUUUACAUUCUUGCAACCAACAAAAAGGAAUUGAGUAGUUCUGCCCUGAAUGCUAUCAAAUUGAACACCUCGUUGGUUGAAGAGAUUAUAGGAUGUCUCCUGAACUGUGACCCUGGCCUCUCUUGUGAGUUGGUGAAGAGAUAUAUUUCUCCGAUCAAUGUCUGUCCAAACCAUUAUGUUGGUGUUAUCCUUGAUGAACCAUCCUCUACUCCUUAUCCUGGUUAUGUUCACGAUGUUUCAAGAUUUGUUUGGAACUUUUUAGCUGACAGAACAUCCAUACCUAAAGAGAAUACUAGCUCUGUCUGUUCACAGAACUGUGAUGACAAAAGUGAGGUGUGCAUUGGAGCGGAGACUGGAAAGGGAACUUGUGUUGUAUCAACUACCAGGUACGUUCCAGCAUACUCAACACGAUUGAUGUUCGAAUCUGGAUCUUGGAAUGUGCUUCCUCCAAAUUCAUCGGACCCAAUGGGCGCCGUCGAUCCUGUUUGGACAGAGAGCAACUGGAACACCAUAGGACUCCGAACGUAUACUGUCCAAGCUACUGCUUACGAUCGUUUUGUCUUACUUGGAGGCAUUACUACUACAAUCUUGUCAUACUUUGCAAUAGUCGCCGUGCGAGGCUCCAUUAUGAAGGCCUUGAAGAAAGAUUAACACAACAUUUUAGGCAACUAAAUGAAAUUAGUAAAUGAAAAGGCUGAGAAAGAUGGGACACUGUAUCAAUAUAGUUCAAUCGUUUUUUCUCCGGAAGAUUUUGGAUGUAGUUGCAGAGGUGGUGUAUUGUUUAAUUUUGCAACCCUCUGCCUCCCGUUGGUGAAGGGCGGGAUCUGAUCCCAUUGAAGCUUUGCAUGUUAGUACACAAAUGAUAUGAUUCUGUAUAGCUUCUUCUGUUUGCCGCUUGUAGUUGAUCUUACAUCAGGUGCAGCAUGGUUGCUUGCCUGAGUUGAAGACAUUUCUGAGUUGAAGACAUUUCUGUAUACUUGAUUGAACAGUUUAUUGGAAUUGAAAAUAGACAUAAUUGAACCAA